AUGGAUAUCGUUGAAGAUUCAUUCAUUGAAAAUAUCGAUGAGAAGAUAACUGCUUCCAAUGAGGUCGAAUCAGACCAAAACUUGGAACAUAGUUCUGUAACUUACCCGGCAUUAUUUACAAGUAGUACUUUAAUAGAACUAUGCUGUACAGCAUGGGAAAAGCCGGCCAAGGUUACUGCAGAGAAGCAACCGUAUAUGCGAGGCUGUAAGUGGUCACCCGACGGUACAUGCUGUCUAUGUAUAGUCAACAAUAAUGGAGUCCAAGUUAUGGAACUACCUCGUGAUCUGUACGAGGGUGGUAUUAGUUUGAAUAGGACAAUAGAUGUGUUGGAACCUGUAAUUCACGUAAAGGAAGCUGGCUUAGUGUAUGAUUUUUGCUGGUAUCCUGGUAUGAAUAGCGCAAUUCCUGAAAGCUGUUGUUGGAUCACUACAAGACAAAAUGCUCCAGUACAAAUGUGGGAUGCAUUUGAUGGUUCACUAAGAUGUUCAUAUAGAGGAUUCAAUGCAGUAGAUGAAAUGGAGCCAGCAGUCUCAUGUACAUUCUCGACAGAUGGUUCGAGAAUUAUUGCCGGCUAUAAGAAAGUAUUGAGAACCUUUGAUGUUGAGAGACCGGGUAGAGAGUUCUGUGAGCACAAGAUCAGCUCUCCAGCUUCUUGUUUUGCAACUAACAGUAACUUGUUGGCAGUGGGCUCUUGGAAUACAUGCAUAUCCUUAUAUAAUACAAAUGAGUUGGGUACAUACAAAAGUGUUGGAAAAAUGCAUGGACAUUCAGGUGGAUUGACACAUUUAAAAUUCACAUCAGAUGGGCUAAGACUGGUAUCAGGGGCACGGAAAGACAAUCGGCUAUUGAUAUGGGAUAUUCGUUAUUAUAGGAGGCCGCUGAAUAUACUCAGUAGAAACGUAGAUACUAACCAAAGAAUUUAUUUCGAUAUAUCACCGUGUGGAAAGUAUCUGGCAACUGGUGGUACAGAUGGGAUAGUACGGAUUUGGGAUAUGAAUAAAGUUAACUGGACGGAGGAGUUGGAUGCAAUGGAUAACCAGGAUAAUGUGUCAUUUAAAUUUCCACUUCAUCAAGACUGUUGUAAUAGUAUAUCUAUACAUCCAUGUAGACCAAUCUUGGCGACAGGAUCCGGACAGUAUCAUUUUGAUGACCCCGUUUCUGAUGUUAUUGAUGGCGACCUACACUACAUGGAUGAAGUAAAGGAUUUGAAAUAUUCAAAUAAAUCUGAAAACAGUUUAGUUUUCUGGUGGAUAGGCGAUGUAGUUCAUUUAAGAUGA